GGGAUGACAAAAAUCACACAUGUAAAUAGUUUUGAAAAAUAACUUAUAUAGGUAAAAAAAAAAAAAGUGCCCUUUUCAUGUAGAAACCGGCGUGUUGCUGUUCAAGAAAAUAAAAUAAAAGACCGGAAAUGACUUACCCGCGUGGGUUUAAAAUCCAAAAAGCACAGAGCAUUCACUCGAGUCACAGUUACCCCCCUGCUCACUGCUCGGCACCUGACACACUGCUGCGUCUUCUUCUCCCCAUUCCCCAAAACCAUGGAGUCUCAAGACCUCACCGACCACCUCCACAGCCUCAGCUUCACUUCCACCACCGCAGAAAUCAAACGCAGCACAAGCUUCAGCUCCUCAACCACCACCUCAACCUCCUCCCACUUCAACACCCCACUCCCCAACGCCAAGCCCCACGCGCCCUCCUUCCUCCAACGCCCCCUCUCCCUCUCCGACCUCCACUUCACGCGCCGCCUCGGCUCCGGCGACAUGAGCGCCGUCUACUUGGCGGUGCCCAAGGAAAGCGCUGGAGCCGGCGGCGCGGUGUUCGCGGCGAAGGUGAUGGAGAAGGAGGACUUGGCGAGGAGGAACAAGGAAGGCAGAGCGAGGACAGAGAGGGAAAUUCUGGAAAUGUUGGAUCAUCCUUUCUUGCCCACGCUCUACGCCUUCAUCCACGCGCCUAAGUGGCUCUGUUUCUUGACGCCGUUCUGCCCCGGCGGUGACCUGCACGUCCUCCGCCAGCGCUUCCCCAACAAACGCUUCCUCGAAUCCGCCGUCAGGUUCUAUGCAUCGGAAGUGUUGUUGGCUCUUGAAUACCUACACAUGUUGGGGGUAAUCUACCGCGACCUGAAGCCCGAAAACGUGUUAAUCAGAUCAGACGGCCACAUCAUGCUCACAGACUUCGACCUUUCCUUAAAAUGCGACGAUUCCACAUCAACGGCACAAAUCAUCUCCGAUCAAAACCCUCCCCGCACAGUCCCACGCAACGAUUCCCACGUGGAACCCACACGUGCCACUUCUUCAUGCAUGAUCCCCAACUGCAUAGCCCCCACGGCCUCAUGCUUCCACCCAAAACGCAAGAAAAAGAAGAAACAAACCCAUUUUAAUGGGCCCGCCUUCGUGGCCGAGCCCGUUAACGUCCGGUCCAUGUCGUUCGUGGGGACCCACGAGUACUUGGCUCCGGAGAUCGUGUCCGGUGAGGGACACGGUAGCGCCGUGGACUGGUGGACGUUGGGAAUAUUCAUGUUCGAACUGUUUUAUGGUGUGACACCGUUCAAGGGCAUGGACCACGAGCUAACCCUGGCGAACGUGGUGGCUCGGGCCCUCGAGUUCCCGAAGGAACCGGCGGCUUCGGCAGCCAUGAAAGAGCUUAUCUCGCAGCUGCUGAUUAAGGACCCGGCGAAGAGACUGGGGUCGGUGAUGGGGGCCUCCGCGAUCAAGCACCACCCGUUCUUUCAAGGCGUGAAUUGGGCGUUGCUGAGGUGUACCACUCCUCCAUUUGUUCCCCCACCUAGUAGUGCCAAAGCUAUAUAUGAUGAUCAUCAAACUUGUCCUGAGAUUUUCAUUGACUGUUAUUAAUGGACAUGAAAUUUCACCCGUAUAUAUAUAUAUAUGAU